CCCAGACUCGCUCCCUCCCGGGCUGCGGCUGCUGCAACGGCGGCGGCGGUGGCAGCAGCGGCAGCAGCGGCGGGAGUAUUCUGGAGACGGGCGUCGAGGUGAGACGCGGACGGACGGAGGCUGCGGGAUUUGCUGCUGUCUCUACUGCUCCAUCCUCCCCACAGAGGCCCUCUCCCCUCUCCCAUCUCAAGAUGGCAGCCAGCAGCUCUGAGGUCUCUGAGAUGAAGGGGCUAGAGGAGGGUCCCCAGACCCAGGGAAAAGGGCCUGGCCAUUCUGAAGCCGGAACUGGCCCUCCCCAGGUCCCAGCUGGGGCCCCAGAUGAACCAGAGGCCCUGCAGCCAGGUCCAGACGCCACUGGGGCCCCUGUGGACUCAGAGCCCAAGGCUGAAUCUACUCCAGAAACCACAGAGACCCCAACUGGGGCCCCAGAAAUCACCCAGGCCAGAGACCUCAGCUCAAGCCCAGGAGGGAACUCAAAGGCCAACUCCAGCCCCAAAGAAGCAUGCCAAGUGCCAGCCUCCAAACCAGAAGUGAGCAAAGAGGCCACUGCAGACCUGGAGUCUGCAGCCCCGCUUGAACCAGCCUCAGAGCCCACGCCCCAGCUGGACCCCCAGUCAGCCCCUCAGACAGACCCCCAGCCAAGUUCCCAGCCCACCCCUAAGCCAGCCCUUCAGCCAGAGCCGCCUACCCAGGAGGCCCCCACCCCUGAGGUCCUGACUGAGAAUGUGGGGGAAAAACAGGAGAAUGGGGCAGUGGUUCCCCUGCAGGCUGGUGAUGGAGAAGAGGGCCCAGCCCCUCUGCCUCACUCGCCACCCUCAACCAAAACCCCCCCAGCCAACGGGGCUCCUCCCCGAGUGCUGCAGCAGCUGGUUGAGGAGGACCGACUAGGAAGGGUGCACAGUGGGCAUCCAGGAUCUCCCCGAGGUAGCCUGAGCCGCCACCCCAGCUCUCAGCUGGCAGGGUCUGGGGUGGAGGGGGGUGAAGGCACCCAGAAACCUCGGGACUACAUCAUCCUCGCUAUCCUGUCCUGCUUCUGCCCCAUGUGGCCUGUCAACAUCGUGGCCUUCGCUUAUGCCGUCAUGUCCCGGAACAGCCUGCAGCAGGGGGACGUGGAUGGGGCCCAGCGUCUGGGCCGCGUGGCCAAGCUCUUAAGCAUCGUGGCGCUGGUAGGGGGGGUCCUCAUCAUCAUCGCCUCCUGCGUCAUCAACUUAGGCGUAGCUUUGACUAGAGCGGAGCCUCCCGCGCCUUCUCUAUGCGCCUGCGUGCUGUGACCCUGCGCAGCCCGGGAGGCGGGUCUUAGCUCCAGGUCUCUAGGAGGGGCCAUCGGAGGACCGAGUCGCGACCCGCGGGGCCGGGUCCUUGGAGGGGACUGAGCGCCCCCUCCUGGGAACCGGCGGUCUGGGCUCUGGGGCCGCUGUUGGAGCCUGAUUGGUUGGAGAGACAUUCCCCAAACCCCUGGGGAGCCCAGGCCCUCGGGGAGGGUGGGGUGGAGGCCCGCGGCUUAGGAGACUCCCGCCUCACCUGUCAUCGCAGGGCCCCUUCCCUAGUGGCCUAU